UUUCAGUGAGCAGGAGUCGCGGUGAGAGGCGGUAGCCCUUCUCGUAACAGUCUAUAGCAGUUCAUUCAUACUAGAACAAUUUCAGCUCUCGUGUGCGGCCAGGUCGGCUUGAGCAAAAUGGAUCAAUCAAUCACCGCGCCAAGUCGGAACGCGUUAACCAUUCCUUCUUUGACUAGAAUUGCUAAUGCCCAUGCGUCCUGUCUAGCGAAAUGUCGUGGAAAUUCCUCCCAGAUAUCGCAGCCUGGGAGAUCCUCCUCUCUGUUCCUGCAGCAGCAGCAUGAUUCCAUCCAACGAACUACCUCCGCCGUACUCCGUCACACGUUUCCCUCCAGAGUACCUUCCGUCACGCCCAGAACUCUUAGCUCCACUCUACCUCGCCUUUCUAAAACGCCUCGUUUCGUACCCACCGUUCGCGCGAACUCCGCAGUCCGCGCGGUUAGGGCUGCAGCUGCUAAUAACGCGGAUGGCGGGGAAAGUACCACUGCUGCGCCGGAUGACGUGGCGGAUGAUUCCGCCACCGUGGCAGCCCAGCUGGCACUGAGCGCUUCGGAAGAGGCGCUUCCGGAGGCUGGCGUGGACGAGGCUCGCGUCGCAGCCGCCGCUGCGCUGCUGGAAGGCGAGCUUCUGGAAAAGACGCCGGAAAACGCGGCGGGGAAUGAGGCGCAAUUUGCGGCUGGGGAAGAAACGGGAGGGAUGGAAAAGGGCAGCAUCGGAUCAGAAAAGAGUGACUCCGCGGCUGCUGCUGCUGCUGCUGCUGUUGGGACUCCGGCUACCACAGAGUCGAGCACAAAUGUGACAAUAUCGAAGGGGACUAAGAAGGGGAUAACAGUGAAGGGGAAGAAAGUGACUGUAGGAGGAAGAGGAGGGAGCGGGUCAGAAGGGGAAGGCGCUGGCAGCGACAGCGGCAGUGGAAGUGAUAGUGAUAGUGGAGGGGAGGAGGUGUUUCGCGUGGUGUGGUCAUCUAGUGACAGCAGGAUAGACUAUCUCGGGGAGAGCACUAAGGGGGACAUGGUGCUUCCUGAUCUGCCUGUAGACCUUGAGAACGAGGGGCGACGGGCCUUUGACCUGGACAUAGACACAGGCAUAGGCCCUAUUGAGGAGCUCGCAAAGGCAGAGGCAGACGAGGCCGAGCUGCUGCUGGAGCAGCUGGGUGUGCCUCCACAAUUCCCGCAUGGGCUGGCAUCGCGCGGCAUCUUCUGCAGCCGCACACUGAACCUGCGAUCAAUCACAACCAUUGGAUACGACAUGGACUACACCCUGAUUCACUAUAACGUCAAUGCUUGGGAGGGCCGAGCCUACGACUACGCCAUGGAGAAUCUCCGAAGCAAGGGCUACCCAACCGAGGGGCUUAGGUUCGACCCGGACCUCGUGAUCCGAGGUCUGGUGAUGGACAAGGCGAAUGGGAACCUGGUCAAGUGCGACCGGUUUGGGUUCGUGAAGCGCGCCAUGCACGGCACAGAGAUGCUGUCGAACAAGGCCAUCAGCAAGCUAUACGGGCGCGAGUUGGUAGACCUGCGAAACGAAGGGAGGUGGGAGUUCUUAAACACCCUCUUCAGCGUGAGCGAGGCGGUGGUCUACAUGCAGAUGGUUGACCGCCUGGACCAGGGCCUGCUGCCAGCUGAAGUUGCUCCUGGGGACUACAAGACCCUCUAUAAGGUGGUUGCGAGAGCGCUAUUUCGGGCUCACGUGGAGGGGCAGCUCAAGGCUGAGAUCAUCAACUCGCCUGAGAAGUUUGUGGAGCUGGAUCCAGAAUUGCCACUAGCUCUGUUGGACCAGAAGCUGGCAGGGAAGAGGCUGCUGCUGAUCACCAACUCGGACUACCAGUACACGCACAGGAUGAUGACACAUGCAUUCGACCGGUUCCUACCAGAGGGCAUGACGUGGCGGUCUCUCUUUGACAUGGUCAUAGUGUCGGCUCGCAAGCCUGAGUUCUUUUCCAUGGCUCAUCCCCUGUACGAGAUUGUCACGCCUGAUGGGCUCAUGCGGCCAUGCUUCAAGGCCAAUUCAGGAGGUCUGUACUGCGGUGGUAGUGCGCAGAUGGUGGAAAACGCCCUGGGGUUCGCAGGGGACGAGACUCUUUACGUGGGCGACCACAUCUACACGGACGUGUCGCAGUCGAAGCUGCACCUCAGGUGGCGCACGUGCCUCGUGUGCCGCGAGCUGGAGCAAGAGGUGGAGGCCUUGAUCCACGGCCACGAUACCCGGCUCAGGCUCAUUGAUCUCAUGGCGCAGAAGGACCGUGUGGGCGACUGCUUCAACCAGCUCAGGCUGGCUCUGCAGCGGCGCACGCAGGGGCAGGCGGCGCAGACAGCAGCGGUGGGGGAGAUGGAGGAUGGCGAGCUGGUGAGAAGCAUGCAGCGGCUGCUGUGGAUCAUGGCGCGGCUAGAUGGGGAGAUUGCUCCUUUGUUGGAGACGGAUGGGGCUGCUUUCAACGACAGAUGGGGUUACCUCUCUCGGAGCUGGACUUUGGGGAUAAGAGCCACAUCACCAGGCAAAUAGAAAAAUAUGCUGACAUCUACACCUCGAGAGUUUCAAACUUCUUGCGGUACACUCCAUUCAUGUACUUCCGAGCACAAGGACAGUCUUGUGCACAUGAUGUCUCCGACACAUGGCCUCUCAGCAGCAUUCAACCGGACUCAUCUGAAGACCAAUAGCAAUAGAACGACAGGAAACUGGAUCCCUGUUCUCAAGCGGAUAACCAGGCAUUUAAAUCAACCCGUUUCAUGCACGGGUACAUUCAUUUGCAAAAAAGCCGCUUCUUCGGAUCGGAAGCCUUUUGUACAGUAAACCCACUGGCAAAUCUAGGACUUAGGUACCGGACUAGACAUUGUGAAGACAUGUCUUCUCAAAUGAGCAGGCAUUGCUGGAGCCUUGCCUCCAGUCCAGCCAGACCUGAUUGACCAACCAUUUGGGAAUCCAAACCUUCAAAUGGUAUGGAAUUCUGGCCAACCGGACGGAGGAGUUGGUUGGUUUGGAGGAGUCACAAAAGGUGUGUCGCUUUUUUGGGGGUGCUGCACUCCCGUCUGUUGGCCAGAAUGUCAGACCAUUCGAAGGUGUGGGGAAUGGUUGGUUUGGAGGGGGUUUGGAGGACGGAUCAUGGGGUAGACGAGCCGGAUAGUACCCACAAAA